AUGAUCCGCAUUACUGGCCUCCGGGCUAGAUUCGUCGUCUUUGCCCUAGUCGUAUUCGCCCUCUGUUCAUUCAUUCUAGUAGGACCCUACAAGGUGACACCAGCACACCUAGCAUCGCCAUCGACCGAGAAGAAACUAGGCCGUACCAGUGAAGCUGUGCUCACAGGACAUGCCAUCGCGCCAAAACUAGAGAAUGCGACGGCGAAGGCAGAACUCGGUCGCGCCGCGUGGAAAGUCCUACACACAACGUUCGCUCGUUUCCCCGAAAGCCCUACAGACGAGGAGCAAGAGGCGCUGCGGUCAUAUGUACACCUGUUCCAACGCCUAUACCCCUGCGGAGAAUGCGCAGAGCACUUCGGACAAGUACUUGCCAAGUACCCUCCCCAGGUCUCGUCACGGACAGCGGCUGCCAUGUGGGGUUGCUACGUACAUAACAUUGUCAACAAGCGGCUGGGGAAGCCGGAGUUCAACUGCGAAGACAUAGGCGACGCGUAUGAUUGCGGUUGUGGAGACGACGAUCCGACAUCGAACAAAGACACAGCUGCAUAA